UUUUAGGGGGUUUUUCGGCUCAUUCUCGGCCACAUUAGUAAAAGUUAAUACAUUGACGCCUUUUAUAACAACUUGUUUUUUAUUUUGGCUUUAAAAAAUGGAGAUUUUUAAAUGACUUUUUGGCCAUUGAAGUGGAGUAAAAGCAAGGACACACGAGAGAGAGAGAGGAAGGAGAAGGAGGAGGUGGAGAAGAGGGGGAUUGGGACACAGUUGAGCGGAUUUGAAAGAGGAAGUCAUCCCCUAUAACUGUGCAUACAGUGUUUCUUUUUUAACCUUGUGUGGAAGCUGAUAAUUACUCCAUUUAUUUUAUUUUUUUAAUUUCAUUUUUUCGUGGUGGUGGGGAAGGGAGAAAAGUUUUUUUGGAUGUGGCCGAGAAGUUGUUUCUCUGCAAAUGACGUGGAAUAGCACGAUGAGCAGUGGCUACAGUAGCUUGGAGGAGGACUCCGAGGAAUACUUUUUCACAGCAAGGACUUCUUUCUUCAAAAAACCCUCAGGCAAAGUCACAGCAGAGAGCAAGGAUGUUGAGAAGGAUAGAAGGUUGCGGACGGAGUUCAGCAGGGAGGAAAUCAGGCAGAAGAUCGAACUGUACAACUCCAUGACCAAAGACCACCUUAAGAUGACGCUGGGUCAUACUGGUGUGUAUACUGGUUUCAUCAAGGUCCAGAUGGAUCUGAGGAGGCCGGUGACGGUGAGGGGGGGUCAGAGGGUAGCAGGAGGAGCCGUGGGGCAAGAGGCUUUCUAUCUGCCCAGAGGAGUCACCAACACUCUCCACGUCAGCUCCAAUAACACCGUCAAACAGGUGAUCGUCGCCCUGCUGAACAAGUUCACAGUCGCGGACAACCCGGCCAAAUAUGCUCUGUACAAACGCUAUCGCAGGGAGGAGCAGGUCUAUGUAUGUAAGCUGGCGGAUGGUGAGCAGCCGUUGUUUCUUCGUCUGGUAGCGGGACCCAACGACGACACGCUCAGCUUCGUACUGAGAGAACAACAGACCGGAGAAGUCAUGUGGGACGCGUUCUCCAUCCCCGAGCUGCGCAACUUCCUGCGGAUCCUCGACAAGGAGGAAGAGGAGCAGAGGGAGGCGGUGAUCCGUCGCUACGACAACUACCGCCAGAGACUGCAGGAGGCGCUGAGGGAGGUCAGAGGCCCCUCUUAAAAAGGAUUAACCUCCAUAAAACAAGGACUACUUUACCCUUCAGAGGGACGGAAGAGGUGUUUUUCUUUCUUUUCUUUUCUUUUUUUUCUUCUUUUUUUUUUUAAAGCCUCCUCAGAGGAUAAAAAAUAGUGUACAUUUUGACGGAGAGAGGGAUGCGAAACACAGACUGAGAAGAGAGGAUCCAGCGCCUGAAUGAAAGAAGGGACGAUGCUGACAGACAGAGGGAUGAUAUAUAAAAUGUGACAAAGAGGACAGGAAGGAGAAAGGAAAUAUAAAAGAAGGGACGGCAAGCAAACGAAAAACACAAAAAGACACAUAUUUGGAUUUACUGGAGUUUGUCUCAAGCCUGGAUUCAAGACGUCAAUCGUGCUGCCUGCGCCGCUCCGUCUGCCUACACACACACACACACACACACACACACACACACACACACACACACACACCAAAGAUUCACUCUGAUUGUGCCAUAUUCAUUCAUCCUCUCUCCCUCUCUCCCUCUCUCCGUCCAUCCCUCUCUUCUUCUUCUUCUUCUUCUUCUUCCUCCUCUACUUCUUCUUCUCUCACUGUGUCCCGCUAUCACAUAAUUUAUGCAGUGUAUCUGAUUCCUCUUUCCUUUAAACUUGUGAAAGACUCAAGGCCAUACUGUACGUUGAUUUUUUUUUUCUUUUUUUUUUUUUAGAGUUUUAUUUAAUUUGUUUGUUGCUAAAGGUCUGUACAUAUUUUUUUUUCUUAAUUUAUAUGGGUGAAGCUUUUUAUUGUUUUUUUUUUCUUUUUUUUUUUCCUUAAACCAGAAAAAGUCUUAUUUUAGUUUUAUGAAACAGAGGCGGAGCAACAAUCUGGAUGUUGACACAGAUACAGAGAAUAGUUUAUACACAGACUUCUUUUUAAAGGUCGAUACAUAAAAAUUAUAUUUUGGAUGCACAAACAAGCCCACAAACUCUAACUCUAAUAGUUAUAAUACGACACAAAUAUCUGAUUUAAUAAGAGAAUAACCAAAGACGUCUUAAUGAGUGUUUAGUAACGUUUGGCUUAGCCUGAAAGUUGAGGAAUAUUUCAGAAGUGAGAAAGGGACAGUUAGUCUGUGAAGUACGGAGGCUCGAGUGUGCCAAUAUAAAAAUGUUUAGACUUUAAUAAUUAAAACGUAUAUAUAAUGUUUUUUAAAAAGCAAUUAUUAAUUGAUCAUUUAAAUCUUAAGUGAUAUACUC